GUGAUUAUUUCCUUAGUAUUCGAAAGUAAGCCGUGCAUUUAAUGAUUUUAAUCUUGAGGAUAUUGAAAUUGGAGAAUUGGGGUUUUAUUCCCAUUUCACCUUCUGCCUAUCUAUCCCCACUUAUCCUUGAAUCCCUUUGCAACGAGUGACUAGGUUCAGUCAUGAUGGGACAAUUGUGUUUUGGAGUUUUUAUUGAUUCAUGGUGGGACAACUUCAAACAUUUUGUGUACAUGUUGCUAGUUAGAGUCAAUCCUUACCCGAGGCUAUGGUCAUGGAAUUAUAUCUUGUUUUCCACUUCCAUAUGGUGUUUCCUCGCUUCACUGGACUGGAUGCGUGGACUUUUCCCCCUCAAUGAGGGGGGGCAUGCAUAUGUGAACUUAUUUCUGCUGUUACGGUUAAGACUUCUGCUACAUUAUUCCAAUCUCUAAUGCUUUUUCUGUUAUUCUCUAGUGCUGAAAAUCCUCAUCCAGAGAGUUAGUAAUUCCAUUUAUGGAAGCAAUAUAUCUGAGGGGGGCAUGCAUAUGUGAACUUAUUUCUGCUGUUACGGUUAAGACUUCUGCUACAUUAUUCCAAUCUCUGAUGCUUUUUCUGUUAUUCUCUAGUGCUGAAAAUCCUCAUCCAGAGAGUUGGUAAUUCCAUUUAUGGAAGCAAUAUAUCUGAGGGGGGCGGCAUGCAUAUGUGAACUUAUUUCUGCUGUUACGGCAAGGAUCUUAGCCUUAAACGCCUCAAACUUCCUGAAAGCUGGAGGCCAUUUUGUUAUAUCAAUCAAGGCUAACUGCAUAGAUUCAACUGUUCCUGCGGAGGCAGUAUUUGCUCAGGAAGUGAAGAAACUGCAGGCAGAGCAGUUCAAGCCGAUUGAGCAGGUGACGCUUGAACCAUUUGAGCGAGAUCAUGCAUGUGUAGUUGGCGCAUACCGUGUGCCAAAGAAACAGAAAGCUGGUGCUGCUCCAGCCUCCUAACCGGGGCUUGCGAUUUUGCCUAAACUUCCAAGCUUCUCACAGUUGAUGGGGCUUAUAACUUGAUAUGAAGAUAGUAUUGUCUCUUGCUUCAUCCCUGUUGGCUAAUUUUGGUAGGCUGGUGGUUACAUUUUCUUGAAGAUAAUUUGUUUCCAUUCAAUUUCAAUACCUGGAUGCAAAACUUGCCUGGUAAUGUAUGAGCUUCUGUGAAAGAUAUCAUUGUCAUUUUGAAGUGCCAUGCUCAGAAAUGCUACCAUAGAAAUGCUGACCGUCUAUCUUCAAAUGUUGG